AUGUCACUAUUUAGCACUAAACCAUUCAUAUUCCAGAGACACUUUAUCAGUACUUUAACCAGAGCAUUGAAACGUAAUGGAAAUUUUAAUGGGUAUAAUAAUUAUAUGAAAAAAUUUCAAGGAAGUUUCCUUAAGAAUUCAACUAGGUUCAGUUCAACUAAAACAACUGAAAACGCUGCUAAACAAGAAAAAGGUUUAAAAGCUUUGAUGCAGAAAUAUGGUUACUCUGCAUUAUUUGUUUAUUUAAGUAUAUCCGUCAUUGAUUUACCACUCUCUUUUUUGUUAGUCCAUUCUGUUGGUGAAGUGAAAAUAAAGCUAUAUAUUAAUAGAGCAAAGCAGCUAUUUGGUCACGGUAAUCCAAACCAAGAAGAGUAUUUGAAAGAGCUGGAAGAGAGCAUUGUAAAAAGAGAAGAGGAUGUCAGGUCAGGCAAACAUGAUGAAAAAAGCUACUGGGAAAGAGUCAAACAAAGCACACUGUUGACCGAAUUCAUCAUUGCAUAUGGUAUCCACAAACUAUUAAUCGUAGUAAGGGUACCGCUUACUGCAGCUUUGACACCAAUGACAGUCAGAGUAUUAAACAAGCAUGGAAUAAAACUAGGAUCAAAUUCCAAAGAUUUCUUCAAAUCUAUCUCAGAAAAUACCAAAGUAGGACAUAAGAGUUCAGAUCCUAAAGCUCAAGAUUUCGUAAAGAACGGUGCUGCAGUCCCAAGACAAAAACAAACAGCGGGACGCAAGUGGUUCAAUGGUCUUAUGUAA